CAUUGCCCAAGGCGUCGAGACGGAGUUUAUUGAAGUUGAGGGGGAACCGCACACUUUUGCUGGGUCCAUGAAGAAGGGGUCAAAGACGUGGGAUACACAACGCAAGGGAUUUGACUUCUUGGAGAAGAUCAUCACUACGUCUUACAAUAGCUAGGUGUGUUGAUGCAGGAGAGAAAGGGAUGUUAGUUGUGCGCUACAACCCAAGAUUACGCCUCAUUGUGAAGAUAGGGCUGAGCUCAAGGUUUGGAAUCCGAGGACUGCGAUCUAUGCAUGCCCCUAACAACAAUCCCGUUGCUCCAUCUUUUUACGUCGGUCUCUUAUUGCCUCCGAUGUGCGUCGGUACGAUCGAUGUACAACGACGUGGUCGGGAUAGCACCCCACACUACGGCCAAGCCCGCUGAAUGUGGGGUGGGAUCGCGAAAUGAGGGGCUCGUUUACCCCUCCAUGAGACCAAAAGCAUUUGGUGUCUGUACGCCAGCUCUGAUUUGGCGAGCAAAAAGUCGGUACACCCUUGUCCUGUGUUGUACGCUCGGGAUCAUGCGGCCGUACAACCGUAUGCGAACACGAGUCAACAGGAUAGGUAGAGCUCGAAACAAGCAUUUGUCAGAGAGCAGUGGCCCCGUUAAACGCAGGAACAUGGCCAAUGGUUCGUACAAUGAUGACCCAAAGAACGUGAAGCGGCACCGUUAUGGACCAGACUUCUUCCCGGACAACUCUAAUGAUCACCCGAUCUACCCAAGCAUGAACAUGGUGCAUAUGUCAGUUGUGCGAUCCCGAAUAGUACUGUCUAGCUGUUGUCCGAUUACGGUUGUCGGUACAUGAUCGACUGGGUUUCGUACCAGGGCAACGACUUCGCAGUCAAGGGUGUUAGUACCUCCUUCUUUCCUAGUUAUUAACUAGAGUCCUCAC